AUGCCAUCUCCCACUUCACCUCUCGUAUGGACAUACCGUAGCUACCAAGCAACACAAAGAGUUUAUCUAAUGCCUCGUGUCAAGCCGGUUCGUCGCGUAAAAUGUGACGAGGCUAAACCAGUCUGCCACAACUGUACUGUGGCUGCUCGACAGUGUUUAGGGUACAAUAACUAUUCGUCAGCUCAAUCACUUCUCCAAAGCGAAAGCCACACUAGUGUCCAUCUUAAUCAGGUCGUUUCAGCACCGUUCACCAUUACAGAUGCCGAGCAGCACGCAUUUGAGUACUAUCGUGCCCGGACGAGUUCCCAUCUCUCCGGCAUCCAAGACCACGAAUUUUGGGAACGAUUGCUUCUUCAACGUGCGCAGAUCGAUGCCGGAGUUCGUCAUGCAAUUAUCGCACUUGCAUCUUUCCAUGAGGACUUUGAGCGUGGCAUGAUCGAGAAUGUCAGAUCGAAAGAGCAAUUUGGCCUGAAGCAGUAUAAUUUAGCUAUAAGAGAGCAGAUGAGCCUCGCUACGAAUGGAAACAAAAACCCUGCGGAGCCAGAAGCCUAUCUGCCAUGCAUUGUUUUUGUGACUAUAGAGAUGUUGCGGGCCAACUUCGCCCCGGCUCUAUACCUGGCGAAGAAAGUCAUAAGUCUUUUACACGACUUGCGCAAGAGCGAUCAAACUUCGAAAAUGCUUCUAGAAUUCUUGGAGCGCCGGUUCCGCCAGAUUGAACUCCAAGCGUCGGAGAUGUUUGGAUCUACUGCAUACUCUUCUAUACUACCAUCACAGCCUACAAAAGUACCUAUUUUGAUCCCUCCAAUCUUUGCUUCGCUGUCCGAAGCACGAAGUGCCAUGGAAUACUACGGGCAGCUUUACCGCAUGACUGUGGACGCGAGUGAGAUUGGAAGCCUGAGCAUGUCCCCGGACGAGAUGAAAGACUAUACAGCAGAUCCAGAUCCUCGAAGCGCUUUUGCUGUGAAAUAUCUCAGCAUAUUGAAGCGAUGGACGAGUGCAUUUGAUGCGUUUCUCGAAGGUCGAGCCGGUUCGUUCACAGUCGCCGAAAUGCGUACAGUACGUAUUCUGCGCAUGCAACAGCUUCACAGUCAAAUCUCAAUAGAAGUGAGUACACGCUAUACAUGCGCCGAAAACCAGAUGUUUUGGGAUGAUUAUUGCCCCGUGUACGAAGAGAUGAUCAAUCUCAUAGAGGCGAUAUUGGCUACCGAGGGCCCCGAGGGUGAUCUGACUACUCGAAAUGCGUCGUUUUCACUGGAUCUAGUUACCAUAGGGCCCAUCUACGACCUUGCGCGGCGCUGUCGGGAUCCUCAAAUUCGUAGGAAAGCACUCGAAGUCUUGCGCACUUGCCAUAGAAGGGAAGGGAUGUGGGAUAGCGAGCUUGCAUUGCUGGUUAUAGAACGAGUGAUAGCUAUUGAAGAAGAUGGCAUCUCUGUGCAAUCGUGUAAAGAUAUACCAAACUGGCGACGCAUUCUUCAUAUACAACAUCUCUUGGAUAUGGAGGCGCGGACGAUCCAUUUGAAGUAUGAGAGAGUGGCGAGCGCUACCAGGCCAGUUGUAGUGCAGAUGCAAGAAGUCAUAACGUGGUAG